AUGUCAUCCCAUCUAGCCCCAAAGCCAUGGAUCGAGCCGUUCUCACCUGACCAUCGACCCCCGUUUGAUCGGUAUCACUCUUCAAACACUCUCCCUGCAACACCUCGAACGCCAUUUGAACGGUCCGCCAGCAGCUCCAACCCUGCUCAGAUACAUUACUCCACGACCCGACUCAGACCCUACCUCACUCUACCAGCACGGCUUUUCUUACUGUUCCUCACACCUGGUGUUCUCCCUCUCAUCUUGACCAUUUGUCACUUGUUUCAAAACCGCUCGUCUACGGCUUCUUUGGCGGACAAUCUCCGAUCUUCCCUCUUAUCAGCCUGUGAUGGGAUAGCACGGGGUGCCGCCUCGCUUCAGUCGAUGCCGAGGUACCUCGCCCUGCAGACGAACCAGGAGGUCGUUAGGGCCGCUCAAGCGAGUAUACUCGGAGUAGGACUUAUGCUGGUGUACAGCGUGACGAUCAUCGAGACCGUCGUGACGUUCAUGGUGGAUACGUAUCGAAGUAUGUUACUGUGUACGAUCGAGCUGGCAGUCAGGGGAUCAUUGGAGCUCCUCAUAGGGACAGUCAAGACUAUUUCCGAUGGGAUCACCUCGUCAUUGAAUAGCAUCCGAACGAACAUUCAGAACGACAUUUCAUCGGCCAAUGCAGUCAUUCAAUCGGCAGCAGACAAAAUCAACAGCGUGACCAGCAAGCUUAACAUCAACAUCAACGUGCCUCAAUUCUCUGUGCCCUCGCUCGACGCCAUUCAGAAUGUACAGGUUCCAACGACCUUUGAAGAUUCAUUGAUCAAGCUCAACUCCUCUUUACCAAGUCUAGUCGAGCUCAAGCAAAAGCUCGACGACAUCAUCUCGGUGCCUUUCGAAGCGCUCAAGAAUGAGAUCAACGAGACUCGGAUCGAGAUUGCAGCCUCCUUCAACGCCUCUGCGCUCCCUGUGCCUUCAUUACGACAACUCUCCGCAGAUGGGACCGCUAGCUUGAGAGAACAGCUCUGUGGGGAUCUUGAUACGUCUCUCAUCGACGAAACUGCCAAUGCGCUGCACAAGCUGUCGACUGUGGCCAUCGGUCUCAUGUUUCUGUUCCUCGUCCUCAUCUGGGCGCUGUUAUUUUUUUGGGAAUGGCGAAAAUGGACAGCGCUCAAGGAUACUGUCGAGACAUUGGAAUACGAAUGGCAAAGGGAUAAGAGAGAUCCUUGGCGUGCCGUUGCGAUCGUCGAACACCCUAUGCUGGAGCGAUACGGUGGUAGAGUCUUUGACAGAUUCAGAACGGGAAGAACGGCAGAGACCAAUCUCAGAUGGUAUCUUGCGUGGCUCGCCCAUCCGACAUGUCUUGCUCUCCUUCUCGUGUCAUUGUUCGGCUUUCUCACCAUACAAUUCCAACUUCUCGCCUUGGAUGCUAUCAAAUCCCACGCAAGGGACAAUGCCAACUCGACCGUGGCAGCGUCGACCCAAUCGCUCGCAUCAAAGCUCAAUUCGUACGCCCUCGAGUCGUCCCAAGAGUACGCCGAUAACUUCAAUACGGCCAUCUUGGCUCAUCAAGACAGGAUCAACAAUGAACUCUUUGGCGCUUGGCUCAAUACGACUGCAGUCACGCUCAAUUCGACCCUCGUCGAAUUUUACAGUGACGUGGAGAAUGUACUCAACGUCACGUUCGGCGGGACGAUCAUCUACGGACCGAUCAAUACGUUCAUGUACUGUAUUCUCGGAUCGAAAAUCACAAACUUGGAAAAAGGUCUCACUUGGAUCUCUGAACAUGCUUAUAUCACCCUCCCGACCCUGCCUCCCGACGUGCUGCUCCUCUCCAAUUCUUCAAUGAACGAAAUGGCUCAGCCUAUCGCUGCUGCGGCAGUCGGGUCAGGAGGCGAUGGAUCAGAUCAAGGACUGGUCGGAUCAUUGAUCCAACAUUUUGAAACUGCCCUCAUCUACGAGCGAAACUUUUACGCCAUCCUCCUAGGUUUAUGGCUGGGCUUUGUCCUUGUCGGUCUAGUCGUCGUUCUGUGGAAUUGUGGCGCGAGAGAAAGUUAUCACGAAGCGACAUCUGGAAUAAGUUGGUGGCCUAAUGGGCGAUCGCCAUCGAACACACCAAGAGCUGCCCACACGGUCCCUCGAAUCGUAGAGCCAAGGGAGGAAAAAUCAUUCUUCCACCCUGACAGGCCUUCCGCACCUUCACGAAGUGCCACGUCAAGGCUGUGCUCGCUUGUAGCACCUGGUCAAGCCUUCCUCAGCUUAUCUCGAUGGAAUUCGACCGAUCACGUCCAGUUGCCGAGCAACAAGACCGCCAAUAUGGUCCAUACCCCUUUCGAGAAGAACGCCCAUGACAAGCCGGCGGAUGGAGAUCAAGAGGACUUCACCAAUCCUCCUCAGUUCUGGCUAUCCAAGUGGAAUCGAGCGAGGCAGAGUGCCAUGUCAUUUUUACCGAGUCGUGGUCAAAGACAUGGCGAAGCAAUAGCUAGGGCCGCAGCGACGCGGAAUCCCGCUUUCAGUCCGAGCCAUCAUCCCAACCACAGUGGGCAGACGGACGAAUACGGCGAAUCUGCAUCCUGGAGUAUGCUGGACUCUCCGACGCGAGGUCGGGCUUUGGACGGAGUAGAAGGUGAUGGUGGAAGAUACCCCGUCAUUCGAUCUUUGACGCGACCUACCGACUCUGACCACAUGACCUAUCCUCGUCGUUUAUCUCGCGCACCGACCGUCCAAGGAGGUGAUCUGGCCCCAUUCGACAGGGAUCCUCUGCCUCCCGUGCCAAAGCACGAUUCUAUCGAUUAUCUGGACAGCGAUGAUGAGGAUGAAGAAGAGCGAUUCAACGACAGAAGCCCCUUACGCGAGUCUUACCCUUCUUACAUGUACUCGUUGGAUCAUGAUGAUAAAAGGCAAGAGUUCUUAUCACCAGGGUCGAGCUCCGUUGCGUCCUUACCAAACGAUGCGCAGGUGGAAAGCGUGAGCAAAGUUCAUACUGGGACUGCUGCCCUGGCAUCUAUCAUAGAGUCGAUGAAGGAGAAACAGCGAGGUGAUCCAUUCAGAACACCUUUUGAUGAUCCGAUGAGAGGCGGAAGAAUAUAG